CUGAUUCACAAGGAGGUGGGGUGAUUGUGGUUUCUGUUACAGUUAUAUUCACUCGCUUGCACUUCUGCAUUUCUCACAAAAGCAAAACAUGUGCAACAGCACUGUAGGAGAAAAUGGAACGGUACCUGAAAUGAGGAACACAGCGUACGCACUCGUGUUUGGAUCUGUUAUGGUACUAGGUCUGCCUCUCAAUGCUGUGUCACUGUGGAUUCUGUUGCGCCGCCACAGCCUCAAAUCACCCAAUGCUGUCUUCAUGGUCAACCUGGCAAUCUCAGACCUGCUGCUCGUCAUCUCCUUGCCAAUGAGGGUCUACUUUUAUGCCACAGGUACGUGGCCACUGAGUACUACGGCAUGCAUCUGGAUCACAAUGCUCUUUCGCAACAACAUCCGCUCCAGCUCCAUCUUCAUCACCUUCAUCAGCGUGGACCGGCUGCUGGCUGUGGUUUAUCCCCUGAAGUCACGCCAUCUUCGAACCUCGUCCAACGCCUGGAGAGCUGUUGCGCUCAUUUGGCUGUUUGUGGUGGUAAUGAACAUCCCAGAGAGUGUGAACUUUUCAAGAGAAUUAAUCAAGCACAAUGAAUCUACCUGUUUUGAGUUUCGCCAGCGUCCUCAUUCAUCACUUAAAUAUUUUCAACCUCUGUUGGUGUUCACCAUGCUGGCAGUCAAUGUCGUGUGCACUGCUCUGGUGUCUUGGACUCUACGCAGACGCCUGAAUGACUCCGCAAGGGUCCACAACAAGGUGAAUGUCAUGCUGAUUUUUGCCUUGAACUUGAUCAUGUUCACCAUAUUUUUCUUGCCUGUGUCAUUAGCUGUUGUGUUUCCAAUCUUGAGGCCUUCUCUCACGUCACUGUUAUGUCUAGCGAGUGUGAACUGCUGUUUUGAUCCGCUGCUGUAUUACUAUUCUUUUGAUGGCUUCUGGAAGAAACAAGAAGAAGUGGACUCCUCUACUGCAAGAGAAUAGUUUGUGAUAAGAAUAGAAAGGGACGAGUGGCUUUAUUACAUAAAUGCUGUUGAAACAAGAUACGCAUAAUUUGUUUGUGUGGAUGUGCCCCGUAGAGAUCACAACUUGAAAAAAUGAACAUGCUAUAUUUUGUAAAUAAAAUGUUCACAUUCACACUGAAAUUGUUUUUAUUCUACAUAAUGUUAACAGUAAAAUAGAAAUUACUAUAAAUGCCAGAAUUUUGUUGUUGUUAUAGUGUAGUUCUCCUUCAGUGGCUGUUUUUUGCAUGUGUGAACUGAACUGCAAAACUAUGGCCUCAUGUAGUCAACCUGCAACACAGAUCUAACAGGUCAGUCGUCUAAGUUGUAUUCACUGUCAAGGAAAGUUUUGACGUGUAUUUAAUACAAGGUGCCAAGAUGCACGGGCUUUCUAACUGAUCUUCUCAUGGGAUCAAAUUAGGGUCAAAAAGAUUUUGAGCUCAUAAAGUGAUGUUCACAAAUAAUAAUAAUAAAAAAGACACAUAGAGAUUUUGUGAAUAAAAUGUGAGUGUGUAAAGAGAUGGUCAAAAUUCAUUCUUGUAACUUUGUAACUUUAGCGUGACACACAGAGAGGAAACUGCGAGUGCUGUGUCUUACACGCAGCUCUCCGCGGCACAAAAACACCUUGCUUUCUUUUGCCCACAGUGUGUGUGUAACCAAAGCACUCAUAUC